AUGGCGACGUGCUCUCGUCAAAGUGUAUGCUUCAUACGCACUGCGUUUCGUCGAGCCCACUGCCGAGUGUCGCCACAAGCUGCGAGUCAGCUGCGACAAUAUGCCAUACAAACGAAACACCAGGCGCCGCCGGCAACGGCGGGUAUCGACCGUAUCCGGAAUAUCGGAAUUAUAGCGCACAUUGAUGCUGGGAAAACGACGACGACGGAGCGAAUGCUGUAUUAUGUGGGGUUCACCAAACGGAUAGGAGAGGUGGACCAGGGUUCUACUGUAACGGACUUCCUCAAACCGGAGCGCGAACGAGGAAUCACAAUCACCUCCGCCUGCAUCCCGUUCUCAUGGCAGCAACACCGCAUCAAUCUAAUAGACACCCCCGGACACGUGGAUUUCACCAUCGAAGUCGAGCGAAGCAUGCGGGUGCUAGAUGGAGCCGUAUGCGUGCUAGACGCGGUGGCAGGGGUGGAAGCGCAGACCGAGACUGUGUGGCGGCAGGCCAACCGGUACGGCGUGCCGCGGAUAGCGUUCGUGAACAAGAUGGAUAGACUCGGUGCCAGUUUGGGGAGAACGUUUGCGUCGAUGGAGAGAAGAUUGACGGGAUGGGGGCGCCCGCUGCUUUGUCAGUGGCCCGUUGUGCCGGACGAAGCUAGUGGGGUCAGCGGCCCUGGGUCGGGUGGGCCCGAUUUCGGGGGCGUCGUGGAUGUCGUGACGAUGGAAGUACUGAGUUGGGACGCCGAAAAGAGCGGGAGCGUCAUCACAAGGCGGAAGCUGCUGCAAGAUGGCCCAGAUGGCCAGCGGCUCUAUCAGGAAGCCUUGAAUACUCGCACAGCCCUCGUAGAAGCGCUCUCAGAUCUGGACGAGAAGAUUGUGGAUGCGUUCAUCGAAUGUGAUGGAGACCAUAUGCAGAUCUCUGCCGAUGACAUCAACGAAGCCUUACGGCGGGUGACAGUCAGCGGGAAGGGCGUGCCUGUGUUCUGUGGAGCGUCGUUCAAAAACAUCGGAGUGCAGCCGGUGCUGGAUGCUGUUGUACGCUUCCUGCCGUCUCCGUUGGAAAGGCCCGCGCCCACAGCUCUCACAGCUGAUGGGAAGGAAGUGACGGUGAACCUGGCUGACAAGGAGCCCUGUGCGCUUGCAUUCAAGAUCAUGCAUGAUGCGAAACGCGGACCUUUAGUCUUCGUGAGGGUAUAUUCGGGUAGGAUUACACCUCAGGCAUUCGAUUCAAAUCGAGGAAUGUCAGUCAUCACAUCCAAAAGCAAGACCAAAGAGCGGGUCUCAAAAGUCCUGCAAAUGUACGCCGACGACUACGAAGAGAUCCCCGAAGUCACACCAGGCAACAUCGCCGCCCUUUCCGGUCUUAAAGAAACGAGUACAGGCGACACACUCCUCAACGGAUGGAACAAACGCGUCUUCAGUCUUGAUACCAUAACAAUACCGCCCCCCGUGUUUGUGCGGUCAUGCGAACCACAGACGUCUGCAGACGAGCGGGCACUCAAUGCCGCGUUGAAGGCGAUGGUCCGUGAAGACCCGUCCUUGCAUGUUACCUACGACGAGGAGACCGGCCAGACGUUGUUGAGCGGGAUGGGCGAGCUGCAUCUGGAGAUCACGGCCGACCGAUUGCAGGAAGUGCACCGGGUCAACUGCAAAAUGGGCAAGGUGCUGAUCAGCUACCGAGAAACCAUGCUGCUGGAUCCCGCGGCGGGGGAAAGCGUUACCGAGACGUACAUCCACGAUAGAGCCAGCUUUGGACAGAAAGCGAAAGCGGGCGUCACGCUGCAGAUCGAGCCGAUCAUACCGCUGAAUUCCGCAGAGGACGAGCUCAUCAACACGAAGGAGGGUGCCGGCGGGAACGAAGUGCAUUGCAAGCUGGGCAAAUUGCAGUUCAACAUCGAGGGUGCGGACGACGAAAAGAAGGGCGCUAUGGCGGGGUUGACUGGGUACGGCCCCAUUGGAGAGAUGGAGGAUGCCAUUCGAUCAGGGAUCGACGGCGCGCUAGGACGUGGGACGCUGUUAGGGUUUCCCCUCACGAACCUCCGUGUAACAUGUACGGAGGUUCAUCUAUUCGGACCCGAAGUGUUUGCGCCAUCCGCGCUCCGGGCAGCGGCCAACCGAUGCGUGCAAGCAGCGCUGAAGGCUGUAGACAACAGUCGAUUGCUGGAACCCAUCAUGGAUGUGUCCGUCCGCGUACCGGAACGCUAUGUCGGCGCCAUCACGAAAGACAUCUCGGGUACACGGCGGGGACAGAUCACAUCGCUCGGCAACGACGCGGAAUCGGAGGGAGAAGAUUCCGCGGGGGAUUAUGCAUAUCGCACCGUGGAGGCAUCGGUGCCACUGUCGCAGUUGGUGGGUUACUCCACCGCGUUGAGGGGCCUGACUGCCGGGACGGGUGACUUUACGAUGAACCUCAAGGGAUACGGAGUGAUGCCAAGCGAUAGACAGGGGGAAACCAUCAAGGAAAUUAGAGGCUUUUAA